AUGACGUCAGCACUAAGCAUAGAGAAUCUUCGGAAACUUUACAAUCAGACAAUGGCCACCGCAGACCCUCGGUGCGACAGCUACCCAUUUCUGGGUGCCCCUGACAAGAUGCUGGCCAUGAUUGGCCUGUAUUUGUUCAUUGUGUGGCAAGGGCCUAAAUUUAUGGUGCCUUACAAGCCCUGGGAUCUAAAACAUACCAUAAUAGUUUACAACUUUGCGAUGGUCAUCCUGUCGCUCUAUAUUUCCAUAGGGACAGUUGUUGGGAUUUACAAGGCUGGUGGAUACUCGGUGUUCUGUGAUUCACUGGAGAAGUAUCAGGAAUACCAUUAUAUGAACAUUGGGUGGUUGUUCUUUAUAUCAAAGCCUAUAGAAUUUCUAGACACGGUAUUCUUCAUCCUUCGAAAGAAGAACAGCCAAAUCACCUUCCUGCAUGUGUACCACCACGCCACUAUGACAGUUUUCACCUGGUUGGGCGUGAAGUUUCUGCCUGGAGGCUCAAACGUCAUCUACCCUCUCAUCAACAGUUUUGUCCAUGCCAUUAUGUACACUUACUAUGGCUUGUCUGCCUUCGGGCCCAGCAUGAGGAAAUACUUAUGGUGGAAAAAAUACCUCACAACACUGCAAAUUAGCCAGUUUGUCAUUUUUCUGACGCAGGGAGUCCUCAAUGUCGUGUAUGACUGUCCAUUCCCUAAAGUAUUUGUGUAUGCUGUAUAUGUUUACACAUUUUCAAUCUUGUUGUUAUUCAUCAACUUCUACAUCAAAGCCUACAUCAAGAGUCCCUCACAGAAGCAUGUCAAAACCGAUGGGGUUGUUAAAAAUGGACGUGCCCAGAAUGGAAAAGUGGCAUCCAGUGCUGUCAACGGGGAGGUUACAUCUAGUGCUGUCAAUGGGGACAUUUUUGCCAGUGUCAAAAAUGGAGAAAUUUCUGCCAAAGGAGAUUUUAAAAAGAUUAACUAA